CACGGGCGGCACGGACAGCUCCGCCAAGGGAGGCGCUUCCCGGCGGGGCCCAGGAGGACGGCAAGCGGCCCCAGGGCCGGCCGGCCGCUUCCCACCAGCGGCAACACCUCCGGGCUCUGCGCAGGGCACGGGCACAGGCGGGCAGCGCACCCGGCUGCGGACAUCGGCAGUUGGUGCGGGAGGAUGGACACCGGCCCGCCAGGUGAACCAAGGAAAUUUGACCCGAAGUUCAGAGGACCUAUUCACAACAGACACUGCACAGACGUUAUUUGCUGUGUGAUCUUCAUAGUUGUCAUUCUGGGUUACAUUGCAUUAGGAGUUGUGGCUUGGGUGCACGGUGACCCCAGGAAAGUGAUAUAUCCAACUGACAGCUAUGGGCAGUUCUGUGGUCAGAAAGAAACCCUCAAUGAGAACAAGACCAUUUUGUUUUACUUCAACAUUCUGAAAUGUGCCAGCCCAGUAGUGUUAAUAAACCUGCAGUGCCCUACAACACAGCUUUGUGUUUCAAAGUGCCCAGACAGGUUUGCAACUUACAUUGAUGUUCAGGCUUCCUACAGAUAUAAACCAGAUCAGUGGAAUUACUUCAGGCAGUUCUGCAAACCUGGCUUUAACAAUCCUCGCAAGUCUGUUGCUCAAGUCCUACGUGAUGAAGAUUGUCCUUCGAUGAUCAUUCCAAGCAGGCCUUUUCUUAAGAGAUGCUUCCCAGACUUCUCCACAAAGAAUGGUGUGUUGACCGUGGCAAAUCAGACUACAUUCAAAGAUGGAGGAGGGAAAACAAGAAAUGUAACUGAUCUCAGGGAAGCUGCAAACGGCAUCAAUAAUGUUCUGGAUGCAAGAUCAAUUGGAGUGAAAAUUUUUGAAGACUAUGCCAUUUCUUGGUAUUGGAUUUUAAUUGGGCUGUUCAUUGCAAUGAUGCUGAGUCUGCUCUUCCUUGUGUUAUUGAGGUUCACGGCUGGGGUUCUCUUCUGGAUUUUCAUCUUUGGUGUGAUUGGAAUUAUAGGUUAUGGCAUCUGGCAUUGUUACUGGGAAUAUGAUCAUCUUAAAGGAAUACCUGGAUCUGACCUCACUGUUUAUGAUAUUGGAUUCCAGACAGACUUCAAAGUGUACCUGCAACUGAGGCAAACAUGGUUAGCAUUUAUGAUAAUACUUUGUGGUGUUGAAGUCAUAAUCAUACUGAUGCUGAUCUUCCUAAGAAAUCGGAUCCGGAUUGCUAUUGCACUGUUGAAGGAAGGUAGUAGGGCUAUUGGCUAUAUAAUGUCUACACUGUUCUACCCCAUCGUCACCUUCAUACUCAUUGCAAUUUGUAUUUCCUACUGGGCUGUGACAGCUGUUUUUCUGGCCACAUCAGGAGAACCUGUGUAUAAAGUCAUGGCUAAUCAAACACUGUGCAAGUAUGCAAACCUGACUUGUGACCCAGAGACUUUUAACACAACCAAUGUGACUAAGUUGUGCCCGGGUGCUCAGUGUACUUUUGCUUUUUAUGGAGGAGAAAGCCUGUACCAUAAGUACAUCUUCAUCUUCCAGUUAGCCAAUGCCUUUGUCUUUCUCUGGCUGGUGAAUUUUGCAAUUGCACUAGGUCAGUGUACUCUUGCUGGUGCCUUUGCCUCCUACUACUGGGCCUAUCGAAAACCAGCUGAUAUUCCACUGUGGCCGCUCUUCUCUUCAUUUGGACGAGCAAUACGAUACCACACAGGUUCGCUGGCAUUCGGCGCCUUAAUUCUUGCAAUUGUCCAGCUUAUUAGAGUAAUACUGGAGUACUUGGAUCACAAACUGAAAGGUACUCAGAACUCCUUCACUAGAUUUCUACUCUGCUGCCUCAAGUGCUGUUUCUGGUGUUUGGAAAAAUUCUUAAAAUUUAUAAACAGAAAUGCCUACAUCAUGAUUGCCAUAUAUGGUAAAAACUUCUGCACCUCGGCAAGGGACGCAUUCUAUUUGCUUAUGCGGAAUGUGGUGAGAGUUGCAGUUCUGGACAAAGUUACAGACUUCCUUUUAUUCCUGGGGAAAAUUCUUGUUGCUGGUGGUGUAGGUGUCCUUGCAUUCUUUUUCUUCACACAGAAAAUACCAGUCUUUGCACAGGAAGUGCCAACGUUAAAUUACUACUGGGUACCAUUGUUGACAGUCAUCAUUGGCUCCUACCUAGUUGCACACGGGUUCUUCAGUGUCUAUGCAAUGUGUGUCGACACGCUUUUCCUCUGCUUCUGUGAAGACCUGGAGAGAAAUGAUGGAUCUACAGCAAAACCCUACUUCAUGUCAGCUAGCCUCCACCGAAUUCUAGGGAAGAAGAAACUAAGCCCUAAGAAGGCAGUGGGAUAACGUGCACUGAACCUCGACAUCAAAAAGUGUCACUUUUAAGCAAAACGUGUAUAAAGUAGGCAAAAGUAAAAACCGUAAAUGAUGCUUCUGGUUAAUGGGUGAUUCUUUUUUUCCUUUUGCUUAUAUUUAAUACAAAAGAGCAACAUCAGUAACAUUUAAUUAGUUUAAAUGCUUAAACUAACAGCUGUGAAAACAAGGCCACGUUUUAGUUUAUAGAGUGCCUAUGAAAAGGAAAAUGUAAAUUUGAAGCUUUUAUAAGUCUAUAAUGAUGUUUUAAUAAUUUUUGUAAUACAAGUUGCUGCCUUAGAUGACAGCAGUUUUGAUAAUGUUUCUUUUUAUAAGUGUAUAUUUGUAAAAGAAAUUCAGGCAAUUUUUUGAAAGCACUAACAUAUAACCUAAUUAGCCAUAAAAAAGAUAGUUUAAGACUCUAGUUAACCUGGAGAUGGUACUAAAUUUGUAAAUAUGGUGCUAUGAUUGUAUUUUUUUGUACAAGCUGGUUCACAGCUAUUUAAACUGUGAUUAUACAUGCAUUAAUGAUUCCCUACACUGAAAAACGUAGUGAUAUUUUAAUCACAUCCACAACUGCAUCUUUUAAGACAUGAUGGUACCCUGCAGGUCCUCAAAGAAGGAAGUCAGAAAAGACUUUAGUUGAUACUGCUUAAAGUGAAGUUUUCUGUAAGUUGUGCUUAAAAGAUGAUGUAACUGAGAGAAGGUCCCACUGCACUUGAAGUGAUUUGUGGUUCACACAAAUGAGGUUUCAUCUGGUACAAGAUGGUGAAUGUAUAAUUUUUAGCUGAUGUCUAAGAGAGAUGCACAUGUGUUAAUAUUAAUAUCCCCCUAUCUCUGACAAGUCUCUGAAUGUGUUCUGUGUUGCAAGGAAGUUGAGCUUCACUGAAAGGAAAACCAAAUACAAGUCUUUUUUUCCUUGAAAGAAAGUCUUUGCCGUGUGUGUGCACAAGGAGUUCCAUUGCCUCUGCCCAGCUCAGAAGGGCUCUUUACCAAGCCAUUGGAACAACUGUGCAGCUGCUGAGGGCCAAGGGUGCACUUUCUGCACGUCUUCAGGCUCCCAGUGGCUCACACAGUAAGGUAUUAGGACAUUGAACUCAAGUCUUCUCAUGAUACAGGAUUAAUUAUUUGGCUACUGAGAGAUGCUCUGAAAGAUUUAGUUUGCUUUUUGGUUAUUAAAUUUGCCCAGUCAUUAGUACAAAGUCAUUAAUGCAUUUAACAUUCUUUGUGGUUUAUGACCCUCCCACUGCGGUUAGGUACCAGCUCUGCUGAUGGAAAAAGUCCAGCACUGAAGUGCUUCUCAAGUCUGUUACUUCCAGGAGCUGAGCUGAAAAGGUUUUAAUUUAUUAGUCUCCUGGGGGACCAAGGACCGUACUGAGACCUGCCCCUAGUUUUCAUGGGUUCCACUGUACUAAGUUAUUCCAGUACUGUCCGCUUUCCAGGAGUUGCAUGUGCCAUAAAUUUGCCAGUUCUAUGACAGGAGUUCAGCACCUGGAAAUACUCUUCUAGCCCUAGGAGUCGAUUGGUGUCACAAAAAGAAAGGCAAAUUCUUCUUCAGAUGAUUUGAAGGCAAGUUUCUGGGCAAAAUGUACUGGCCAUCCCCAUCCCAGUGGGAUUUUGCUCUCUGACUUACAGCUCCAGUUUGUGAUGGCUGUAAUUGCUACAAAUGCAGGAACACUGUCCUUUAUGCAGCGGGUCUGGGAUUGUGGUGAUGUGAAGGUAACCUUCUUCACCCACGCACUUGCACUCAUGGGCAUGGACAGAUUGUGAAAUCCUGUGACCUGAGGUGCAGGUGGGAGGGUCCUUGAGAGCAUUCUCCGUGGUCCAGUGGGUGCUGCAGCACUUUUCCUUGAAGCAAAAGUGAGGAGUUCAGUUUAGGAUUCAAAUAAUGUAAAAUAAAGGUGUACAGUUUCAAGCAUAACUACUGAUUAUGGGCACCUUCAGUUUUUGGUAACCCCUUGUGAGAUACCCCAAAGUAAACCUGACUUUCAGAAAGGACUGAGAGCCCUGCCUUGGGAAAAAAAAUCAGAUUCUUGAGGGAUGAAGUUUUUCAUCAUCAUCAUCAGUCCUUUCUCAUUAUGGGCAUGGCAUGGAAUUCACACCCCUGCCAUGAUUCUAAUUUUUUCUGAGAAUUAAGUCAGUAACUUCUGAGGGUAUGUGUCACCAUUCUGUGAUUAAAGAAGCUGCUGGUCUGAUUACAGUCCAGGUUCUAAAGCUUUUUUUUUUUUAUGUGAUUAAUUUGGUGACAAAGAAACUGCAUUAAGUAAUCUAUAUUUCUACUGGACUUGAGUGUCUUACUGGGAGCUCAACUGGAAAAGCUUCUGAUACACCUUGCUUUUUUAUCAUAUGAAUGUAACCAUAGAAUUUACUAGGAAUAAAACAUAAUAGAAAUAGUAUACAGUUAUUUGAUUAGAAGACUUUUGUAACAAACCUAUGCAUUUACUAAAUGAAUUUCUAAAAGUGAAAGUUUUAAAUUGUAUUAUUAUUUAUAUGAAGUAAAAAAUAUAUAUGUAUAAAUUUGCUCUUCUCACUAUUUUGUGAAAGUCUUUAGAAUGUAAGUGAUCAUCAUUUCUGAGAAGAAAAUUUAAAAGCCAUUUUCUUAAUAAUUAUGAGAACUGUGAAAAUACAAAGCAAUACCAUGUAGGUUUUGUAAUCAAUAAAUUCAGUAAGUAAAUAAUAAUUAUUUAAUAUUAAAAUCGGCUUUUAAAAGAUAAAUUACUAAUAAUUAAUAAGUCAAAAUUAAUGCAAGUAUUUACUUGGGAAAGAAUCACCUGAGGUAUUUUAAGACUGUCUUAUUAGAAUGGGUCCUAACUUAUACCCUGUGGGCCAGAGUUGCAGAUGUGCACCACGGAGGAGGUACUGGUAUUGACAUUUAUGGAUUUGGAUAUUUACUUUGUUGCUCGAUUUAGUAUAAAAUUCAGAAUUUCAUUUUUUGCUUUAGAGAGUGGAAGACGGUCAAAUAUGUGGUGUGAGCUUUGUUGCUGAGCCCCCUGGGGCUGCUGCCACAGUGUCCCCCCGGUGCAGGGGCCCAGGCCAACCCCGACUGACUGGGGGUGGUUCUGUGCCUGCAGGGGAGGGAGGGGAGGACCCAGAACCAGCAGUUACAGGGUCCUGCCUGGUGCUUUCUCUCCUAGGAAGAACUUUGGGAAGGCAGGUGGCUCUGCAGAAAGACCCUUUUACAUGAGUAGAAAGACCCCUUCUCCACAUCACAAACAAGCAGAAUGUAGAAACCAAGAGACAGUAGAAAACACCCCCCCGUCAUGACAUCCACACACUCGUGUUUGUUUAGUUUGGGUUGGAUUCAUUGUAUGUCCCUACGCCAUAUUUCUGGAUGGCUUUCAUUUCCAUGUUUUAUACCAAAGUUUUAAUGUCAAGCCUUCAAAUUUUGUAAAAAAAAAAAAAAAAAAAGAAAAAGUAACCACAGAAAUAAAACAAAGAAACAAGAAGAUGGGAUCAUUUCUUCUGCGGGAGGGAGGGUGUUUCCAAAUAGUAUUCAGCAGCUGAUUCUUGGGUGUUACAAGAAUGCUGAAUAUUCUUCUAACUGUUAGUAUUUAAUGAAAUAUUUUACUAUUGCAUGUUCUGCUGUAGAACGGGAAAAAUAUUUUGGCAGAUGCAAUGUCAGGCUGAUUCUGAGAUAGUAAGUGUUCUUCCACAAAUGGACUGUCAGAGAAGUGAUUAUGAAGAAUAAACUGACUGGUUUUGAGUAAUGCAGAAUGUCUCCCUUUGACCAGUUGCUCAGCCUGAACAGCUGCGUCCUUGCAGACAAAGUGCCUUACUGGCUGUUACUUUACCUGGGUUACAUUUUGAAAUUUAUUCAUACCAUAUAGACCACAAAACAAAAUGCUAGGUAGGAAAACCAACACUCUUUGUUUCAAAUUAACUGACAGAAAAUGAAUUGUAGGAAGGAUGUCAGAUGUGUUUGGACUGCAUGAUGCAGCACUCACAAUUUCCCUGUUGCUGUUGUCAGAUCAUGAAAGUUGACAGUGUGGUCCAGGAGAAAACCUGACAGUUUGGGUGUUGCAAAUAAUCAAAACAAUGCAAGACUGUUCCAU